AUGAGCGACGAAGUCUACGAGGGUGCCAUUGGCAUCGAUCUUGGCACGACCUACUCUUGCGUCGCCAACUACGAGGGCACCAAUGUCGAGAUCAUCGCCAACGAACAGGGUAGCUUUACCACUCCCUCGUUCGUCUCGUUCACCAGCGAGGAGCGCUUGAUCGGAGAGGCGGCCAAGAACCAGGCUGCUAUGAACCCCGAGAACACUGUCUUCGAUGUCAAGCGAUUGAUCGGUCGCCGAUUCGAGGAUGAGACCGUCACAAAGGACAUCAAGUCGUGGCCAUUCAAGGUCGUUGACCAGGGUGGCAGUCCUCUUGUCGAGGUUGAGUACCUCGGCGAGCGCAAGCAAUUCUCCCCUCAGGAAAUCUCUGCUAUGGUCCUUGUCAAGAUGAAGGAAGUUGCUGAGACCAAGCUGGGAAUGAAGGUCGAGAAGGCCGUCAUUACUGUGCCCGCCUACUUCAACGACAACCAACGUCAAGCCACCAAGGACGCCGGUGCCAUUGCUGGCCUCAACGUUCUUCGCAUCAUCAACGAGCCUACCGCCGCUGCCAUCGCCUACGGUCUUGGCUCUGGCAAGUCUGACAAGGAGAGGAAUGUCCUCAUCUACGAUCUCGGUGGCGGUACCUUCGAUGUCUCUCUCCUUCACAUCCAAGGUGGUGUCUUCACUGUCAAGGCUACUGCGGGUGACACACAUCUCGGGGGAAGUGACUUCGAUACAGCUCUUCUUGAGCAUUUCAAGAAGGAGUUCACAAAGAAGACCAAGAAAGAUAUCAGCGGAGAUCCCCGCGCCCUCCGUCGCCUUCGAACUGCUUGCGAGCGUGCCAAGCGUACUCUCUCCAACGCUACCCAGACCACUGUUGAGAUCGACUCGCUGUUCGACGGUGAGGACUUCAAUGCCAACAUCACUCGUGCUCGUUUCGAGGACUUGAACCAGAAGGCCUUUGCUGGCACUCUGGAUCCUGUUGCGCAGGUACUCAAGGAUGCCAGCCUUGAAAAGAGCAAGGUCGACGAGAUUGUGCUUGUUGGUGGUUCCACACGUAUCCCCAAGAUCCAGAAGCUCCUCAGCGACUUCUUCAACGGCAAAAAGCUCGAGAAGAGCAUCAACCCUGAUGAAGCCGUUGCUUACGGUGCUGCUGUUCAAGCCGGUAUUCUCUCUGGCAAGGCCACUUCCGCCGAGACUGCUGACCUCCUACUUCUCGAUGUCGUUCCCCUUUCUCUCGGUGUGGCUAUGGAGGGUAACAUUUUCGCUCCCGUCGUUCCCCGUGGACAGACUGUCCCUACUAUCAAGAAGAGGCAAGUAACUUUCACUACUGUCGCAGACAACCAACAAACUGUACAAUUCCCUGUCUUCCAGGGUGAGCGUGUUAACUGCGAAGACAACACAUCUCUUGGAGAAUUUACCUUAGCACCAAUCCCUCCAAUGCGCGCAGGUGAGGCUGUUCUCGAGGUCGUUUUCGAGGUCGACGUCAACGGUAUCCUCAAAGUUACUGCUACCGAGAAGACCUCUGGCCGCAGCGCCAACAUCACCAUCUCCAACGCCGUUGGCAAGCUCUCGUCCUCUGAUAUCGAGAACAUGAUCAACGACGCACAGAAGUUCAAGUCCAGCGACGAGGCCUUCAGCAAGAAGUUCGAGUCUAGGCAACAGCUCGAGUCAUACAUCUCCCGUGUUGAGGAAAUGGUCUCAGACCCUACCACCUCUAUCCGCCUCAAGCGCGGUCAAAAGGAGAAGAUUGAAUCAGCUCUCUCCGACGCCAUGGCUCAGCUCGAGAUCGAGGAUGCUCCCGCUGAGGACCUGAAGAAGAAGGAGCUUGCGCUCAAGCGCGUUGUCACCAAGGCUUUCUCCACCCGCUAA